UACGACGGAUAUGCCUCAUGCCCUUUGGUGAUCGACAAGAAAAGGGCGAUUCUUGCCGAAUUUAGCCCGCAAGGCCGUAUGGAAACCACACCAUUGGACCAGAGUAUCCCAAGACACCACCCGUUUUUGAUGAAACGCUACCUCAUGCCAUUUCUCUAUUGGCGAUUUCUCGUCAAAGGCCGUUGGAAUGGACCAGCAACAAUUCGCAAAAUUCUGCAUCUUGGCUUCGUUCCGAAAAAGUGA